UGUGAGAACCGCAUGUUUCUGUUCUCAUUGGCUCGCCCUUAGAUCAGUUGCGUGCAAUCAGCUUCGGCCGGGGUAAAUUGCCAUUGGACAGCCUGCCCGUCGCUGGCUUUUAUUGUCUGCUGCCUUCUUUUUUUCAAUUUGAACGGAACGGGCUGAGAGAGCAGACGCUAUGCACAACGUUAGCAAGCGGAGCACCGGAGCUGCCGAACGACGCUUUCGCUGAUCAAACUCGCCCGAAGACAGAAACUGAACUGUUGAGGGAUGCCGUCGGCUGGUCUGGAAAUCGUGGGACUGGGGCUGUGUGUCCUAGGUUGGCUGGGAGUCAUGCUGACUUGCGGGCUGCCGAUGUGGAAAGUAACGGCUUUCAUCGAGAGUAACAUCGUGGUGGCCCAGACGCUCUGGGAAGGACUGUGGAUGAAUUGCGUGGUCCAGAGCACGGGGCAGAUGCAAUGCAAAGUCUACAAUUCCCUGCUAUCGCUGAGACACGACGAACAGGCGGCCCGGGCGCUGACAGUCAUCGCCUCCAUCAUGGGACUCAUCGGGCUUCUGGUCACCAUCCUGGGAGCCCAGUGCACCAACUGCACGGAGGGUGUGACAACCAAAGCCCGGAUCGUCAUCAGCGGAGGUGUCAUCUUCAUCCUAUCCGGUCUGCUCGCCCUCAUCCCCGUGUGCUGGACGGCCAACACCAUCGUCCGCGACUUCUACAACCCCAUGGUCCCCGUCUCCAAGAAGCGAGAGAUGGGGGCGGCUCUGUACGUUGGCUGGACCGCCAGCGCGCUCCUCUUCAUCGGGGGAGCCCUGCUCUGCUGCUCCUGUCCCCCGAAGCAAGACCAGUCGUCCUUCGCCGUCAAGUACACGGCCCCGAGGAGAGCUUCGGCCAACGGGGACUACGACAAGAGGAAUUACGUGUGAAGGGGGUACCCCCCCCCCCCCCCCCCCCGUUAAUCCGAACAGACCCGAAUUGGACACGGGGGGGAGCGAGGAAAUCGUAGAACCCACCAGCUUUCUAUUCUGCUUAUUCAAAGCAAUCCUUUUUUUUAUUUAAUGGAUUUGUAUUGUAAACGAAAACAGGGGAUGUUCAUUGUAUAUCUAAAGCUGUUUGACAGCGUUGAGUGGACCGAUCGAGAACUGGAAGCGCGCUCCGAAAGUGACUUCACAAGCGAUUGUUGAGGAACGUUUGAACAUUGAUCGAUGGCGUUUGCGAUGGGCAUUUCUGCGAGCGUUGUGAAAGUGCGGGGGGCACUCUCCCCCUAUCUCGGUCUCACGCCCGGACUUCCUCUGUAGUACCCCGCCGGUCAUUGUUAUGUGGUCAGUGUACACUGAGCCUUGUAGAAUUCAUUAGAAAUGUUGAUUCAUUAGAGAAAUUUGAUGGGGGCAGAACGGUGCUUUUGCUCCAUGUCACACAGCCAGAAGUAACACGGCGCUUUACUCACUUGCUUUAGCCAAUACUCUUUUCAGAUUGUUUUAUUGAUUAUAAAAUGUAGAUGAUCACAGACGUUAAUGGUGCAAUAACUAUUCAUUAGCUCUUUGCCCCCCUCCCUCCGUGUUCAUAAUUUAAUGAAACUAAAUUUAGUUAUUUAGGCGCAGUUGGCUUUAUGCAUGAGAUUUGGAGCCCGGCAGAGAGU